GGUCAUGGCACUCUAUGCCAUGCCUUCAAGCACUGAAGUCAACGUGUCCAGUACUAGCAAUGUGCUGCGAGCAGCCGGAUUUUUACCCUAAUUGCGACCUCGGUGAACCAAAAAAAAAAAGAAGGCACUUCCCAUUAGAAGGACAACAAGGCUCCAGACAUUCACUUCUCUUUCAGUUUGUAAUCAAUUUCCUCUAAAGGCUUUCUUAAUCGGAUCACGGUGACACUAGCUCCUAACUUGCAGGGCAGCCUCCACGACGACAUCGGCUCGACAAUGACUUGGCGUACGCUGACCGUGGCGGCAGCGAUAUCUGCACUCUGGCUAACGACGGCGGCAGUCAGCGCCAGUCUGGCGUCCGCCCUCGAGGGUCCAGGAGGAGGUGUUGCCAGCUGCCGGCUCCAGGAGACGAGCAUCCGCAUCACGCGCGACCACAGCGACGACCAAGGAAGCCCCGUGCGCACCUGUGAGGGCACUGUACUCGUCAGUCGCUGCGAGGGCACCUGCGUGUCCCAGGUCCAGCCGUCAAUCUCGCUGCCACACGGAUUUCUCAAGGCAUCAUCGCCGCACUUGGGAACAUCGGAGUGCAACUGCUGCCGCGAGACCUACAUGAACCGGCGUGAGAUACAGCUGCAAGACUGCUUCGACCCCAACGGUCAAAAACUGUACGGUGCUGACGGAAGCAUGACCAUAUUCCUCGAAGAGCCCCAGGACUGCUCCUGUCACAAGUGCGGAGGCUGAUGUGGAAGUGCCUCGGUUCCAACAAGCGCCCCGGUGGAAUACUGCAUAACUCAUAACAUUGCUUAGCGCAGUUCCUUCUAGCGCAUGCUUGCUAUCUAUCUGUGCCACGAGCCAAGAAAUGGGCGUAAACAAAAGUGGAGAUAAAUGUUGUCAGAUUCCGUUGCUCUAUGGGCGUCGUUUCCGAAAAACGUGUGUCGGGCGCGGUACAUGAACGCUUCUUUUAAUUUUCAUAUCUUUCAGUCAUUAAUCUGCACGA